AUUGGCCCCUUACCCACAUAACAUCAAUCCAGAAAUAGCUCUGGUGUCUAAGGAUUUCUGGUCUUUGCAGCUGUUCCAAACAGUGGAGGAGUUGCAGAGGUUGACAGUUAAUUUCUGUCGUGGUUUACCAGCAGUGUCGCCACUCCUGAAAAUUUUAUUUUAAAUUGUAUAACUUUGAUGCAUGACAUUUCUUAAUUUACCUUAUCAUUUGAAAUUAGUUGUUUUUUAAUUAAGAACAUGUCACUUUUCUCAGAGAGAUUGGUCACAUGUACUGGUAGUUAAUGGUUUGGAAUAAAGGGUAAAGGAGUUGGAGUAAAAAUUUAUCCUAUAUACAAGUAUGAUAAAAAAAAGCUCCUGAAAAAAUUUAAUGUUGACAUGCACUGAUGGUAGCUUUCAAGGAAGAAUAAGGGCUGGUCAUUUAAUUUACUUUCACAAUGACAACCUAAGUUUAGUAAUGAUUAAAAAAAAUACGGAAAUACCUGUUAAAAAUUUUGUGUUUGUAAAUAACAAAGAAGGUAAUGGUUGCGAAAGGAGGAUCCCCACACUACAGAAAACUUGCAUUUGUGAUGAAUUGUGAUUGUGGUAUGUGUGCCAGCUAUGUCAAAGUGAGAAUGUCUGUCGAAAUAAGACCCUAACUCUUACAGAUUUUCUAUGUUAAUGUUUUCGUCAUUAAGUAAUAUAAUUUUUUUUCCACCAUAUUUGUGCAAGGAAACAGAAACGAUACUGAGAGGUGAAAUAGAAGAAUCUAGGACUUAGUUCCCAGUCUCGUAUCAUAUUUCAUUGGUUAGCAAUCAAAUAUUCAUGAGUUUGGCUAGGAGAAACUUCAAAAAUGGCGAUGGAAGCAGCUCCAACUUCCCCACAACUGACAAACUACGCUGCGCAGAAUACUGCGACAGUCACUCACACGGUCCCUGCAUCGCAUACUACAGUAAAUCUCAUACAGCCUGAUCAGGGAAAAGGUCUCUACAUCGUCGAUCCUUCGCAGCAACAUGCCUUACAAAUGUUCGGAAGUCCUGAUCAGAGAACGUUUAUGGCGAACCCUGUUGAAUUUAAUCCUGCGGCCGGAACAAUAACCACAACUGCUGUUUCUAAUGGAAAUGGACAAAUAACCAUGAUGAAUGGCCAGGCUGUAGGAGCUCAGAGGCUUCCAGUUGCCAUGGAAACUUUGGAUGAACCACUAUAUGUCAAUGCAAAGCAGUACCAUAGAAUAAUAAAAAGACGGCAAGCAAGAGCAAAGCUUGAAGCUGAAGGAAAAAUACCCAAAACUCGAAAGAAAUAUCUCCAUGAGUCAAGACAUCAGCAUGCAUGCCGAAGACGUCGCAGCAAUGGUGGUAGAUUUAUAACAAAAACAAAUGAGGAUGGCACGAUCGUUCAAGAGGAGGACAAUGGAGAAAAUCAGGUUUUCCAGGAAGGGAUGGUUCCAACACAGGAGCACGGUGCCCAAGAACAUGCAUACAGUAAUGUUGUUCCUGCUCCUGAAUCAAACAGAGUACAGAUGACUGCCCAAGGCCCUGAGCAAACAGAAUAAGAUGUUGUUUUCUUUCACUGUACAGAGUACCAGAUGCUAGUUUUAUGGUUGAUUUGAUGUACAGUUGAGUGUCAUUUAAGAGACCCUGAUUUUUCAGGAAUGUAAAUACGCUUAAGCCUGUAGCUAUCAGUUGAUAUAUAAUGUAAGACUUAAAACAUCAUUAAGUAUGAACUAAACUCAGCUUAAAGUUAGACAGGAGUGGUUACUGAUGUCAAUAAGUUCUUUAAGGUGUGAAUAAACCUGCAACCUUUCAACCCCCCGAGGCGAAUGACUUGUAAUUUUUCUUUACAAUAUCAAUACACUGCAAGCAGGUGACAAAAGUGGGAAGAUAGAUAUAAUUGUUGCACUUUGCAGCAACUGUGUCACUAACAGCAAAUGGGGUAGGUAAAACCAUGUCAAAUAGGGUAGAUAAAAGCCUGUUUAAAAUAUCCUGGCUUAUAGUAAAAUGUAGAACAAUACCCUUAGUGUGUAAAAAGAAACAGAAUACACGUGAAAUUUAGUUCAUCAAGUCCACCAAAAUCAUUAUCAAAUAAAUAUCACAUGGCUCUCCAAGCACGGAUUUUUGUGUUGUCCUUUCUAAUUAAUUACCUGUUAGUUCUCUGUGUUCCUACUUAACUUUUCUUUCUUUUGUGACAGCUUUUAAGAGAUGAGCAUCCUAUACAUCAGGGCCCAGUUGUACGAUGGGCAGAUAAUGCUGUCCAAUGUGUAAAUUGCUAUCCAACGGAUAAAUUGCUAUCGGAUGGAUAAGUGAUAGCAAAACGUAUAGCAUCAUCCACCAGAUAUAGUUUUAUCCGAUGGAUAGCACUAUCCCACCUUAGAACAACUGGGGCCUGAUACUGUAAUGUUCAACCUUUACACUCUGACAUCAGCCCGCAUAUUCUCCAAACUGCUCUCGAAACAUUUCUUAAUAAAACUAACAAGGUGAGUAUGGUUUAAAAAUGAAGCGCCUCUUCAGUUAGUGGUCGUUUUCUUUAUUCUCAAGUUCUAUGUUUCAUUCUGCAGUACUACUUUCAGGAGAAAUGAAACAAAAGUCACUUGUGCUAACCGUUUACACCCUAAUGUCAGUAUGCAUAUUCUCCAUACUGUUCUCUAUACAUUUCCUAAGGUGCUGACAGGAAGAAGUUGUUUAGCAAUCAAGAGCUUCUUUAGUUGGUGAUCAUUUCAUUUCUUGCAAUCUUUAUGUUUGAUUCAGGGGUGAUGUAGUAAGAAGUUAGAUGCCAGGCACUUAGGGAUGGGUUAAGUAUUCACAAGAGGAAUCAUGGAAAGGCAGGACUCCACUUUUUACUGUUACUAGUUUCCGUUUUAACAAAUUUCAUUUGAAAUAACAGAAAUGAUUGCUGCUCAGGCAACCAUAAUUAUACCAGUUAUCCUUAUGCAGAAGAAAAACUUUUCUGAAAGAAAACUAGCUUCUUAAAGACUUUGUGGUCUACAUAUGGUGCACGAUCCUCGCAGUAGAUACUUUGUAGUCUGUAGAUAGUAGAUACUUUGUAGUCUCUUCGUAGUCCUUGCAGUAGACACUUUGUAGUCUGUUAUUCGAUGAGAGAGUUGCAUGCUUAGUAGUCUUGUGACUAUAGUUUAAAGAAACACUUUUAAAUUUCUUCAGUCUGUAUGUUAGAUGUAUCUAUUGUCAGCUAGCAGAUGGAAACAUUUAGUGGUCAUGUUGUCUAGCACAUGUUAAGCUCACAAUUAACUGAGAUAAAUAAAAAAGUUGGCAAGAAAAAAAAAAAACCAGGGUGUGGAAAAAAAGUGAGAAAAACUUGAGAUGUAAGAGUUUUUAAAGGCACGCAAGCUCCUGAUCUACUUGAUUGGCAAGAGGUUUAUUUAAGCAUGUAUUUUAGUGCAACAACUGGUUUUUCCUUUUGCAAGUGGGCUGGAUGAAGAAGCCAUUUCCAAAUCAGAUCCUGGCUUUUUUUCUUGCCCUCUUUUUAAGUUGGCUGCAGUUACUAAGAUAAAGGGGUCACUUUUUUUUAAGAAAAUUGUAGUGCUGUAUUGGUGGGUAGUUUACAAGAUAAUUUUGUUUUACCAACUGAAUUUCUAAAAUGUAAAUUUGCCAUGGUAGAGAGUUUCUAGAACUGACAUUUCAAGUGUUAGCUCUUCCUCUAUUCAUUCUGACAAGGGGCUAAUGCACAAAAUGCCAGCUUCAAGAACUAUCUGCAGUGGCCAAUUUCAUAAUAAACCCACAUGAUAAAGCAAAAUUAUGCAGUCGCCAAGAGCCUGACUACAGCUAUCUGUUGUGAAGUUGCAUCAUAGAUUUAAGCGAUGAUCAGGUAAUUCGACUUGAAGUUCAUGAUACGAUAAGUAAAUUUAUAUUUUAUGUAAGUAGCGUAUUAACCUAUUUAUUUUCCAGGAAGAAACCAUUAUUGACUAUUUCAGUCAAGUCCUCUAAAAUGGAUUGUAUGUUUAAUUUUAAGUCAGGAUGUUGACAAUUAUAUAUGACUGAAAAUAAAGUUAUAUCUGUCUUUGCUUUG